CUACCAAUGGCCAACCAAGAGAUUACAGCCCUUGUGGUGGACAACAGCACUAGGAACUGCAGAGCAGGGUUUGCAGGAGAGGACCUGCCCCGAACAGUACUUCGUCCCGUCAUAGGGAGGCCCAAGCAGCAGAGUGCAGUGGAAGACGCCACCGGAAAGGCCUAUUAUGUGGGAAGCGAUGCUCAGAGCAGGAGAGACAUCCUGACCUUGAAGUACCCCAUUGAAAAUGGCUUUAUUACCAACUGGGAUGACAUGGAGAAAAUCUGGCACCACGUUUUCCACAACGAGUUGCGGGUGGCUCCAGAGGACCGUCCAGUCUUGCUGUCCGAGCGUCCCGUGAACAUUAGAAGCCACCGGGAGAAAAUGACCCAGAUUAUGUUUGAGAGCUUCAAUACAUCCGCCUUCUACCUGCCCAUCCAAGCCGUUCUCUCUCUCUAUGCUUCCGGCCGCACCACUGGAGUAGUUCUGGAUAUCAAGAACGACCGGACGGAUCCUGUCCCCGUCUACGAAGGCCACGCGGUCCACCGAGCUCUCCACCGCGCAGACCUGUGCGGCGAAGACCUGACCGACUUCCUCCUGCGGAUGCUGAAGGACAGAGGCUACCACAUCCAACCAGAAGCGAGGGAGACGGUGGAGGACAUCAAGGAGAAGUUUUGCUACGUGGCCCUGGAUUUUGAGAAAGAAAUGGCCGCCGGUACGCCCGCCUCUCUGGAGAAGCAGUAUGAGCUACCCGACGGGCAAGUGAUCACCAUCGGCAAUGAGCGUUUCAGGUGCCCCGAAGGCCUCUUCCAAGCCGAACACGUGGGUAAAAUAUGUUGUCCUAUCCACGAGAAUGUCUUUAAUGCCGUCAUGAAGUGUGACCAGGACCUCCGCGGCACAAUGUUUAAAAAUGUCGUGCUGGCAGGUGGCACCUCCAUGUUCCCUGGCUUUGCUGAAAGGUUGCAGCCGGAGGUGGUGGCACUGGCUGCCCGAAAUACAGAGGUCAAGAUCUUUGCCCCCUCAAAUCGCACCUGCUCAGCAUGGGUUGGGGGAUCCCUCUUAGCUUCUCUUUCUCACUUUCAGCAUAUGUGCAUCAGCAAACAGGAGUAUGAGGAAUUUGGCCCAGCUAUUGUACACCGAAAGUGCUUUUGA